UAUUUUUAAGAUCAUAGUAAAAAAAACAUUUGAAGUCAAAGGCAUAAUUUCAUCAAAGAAAGAAAAAAAUGGCAGAAGAGGGAGAAGUGAUCAGUAUUCACAGCGUGGAGGAUUGGAAGAAUCAUAUGGAAAAAGGAAAUACCUCCGCGAAACUGAUUGUUGUUGAUUUUACUGCUACUUGGUGUGGGCCAUGUCGUUUAAUGAGCCCAAUUUUUGAAGAGUAUGCUAAAGAGUUUCUAAAUGUCACCUUCCUUAAGGUGGAUGUGGAUGAAUUGAAGACUGUUAGUGACGAGUGUGAAAUUAAAGCUAUGCCAACAUUCCUGUUCUUGAAACAAGGAGAGCAAGUGGACAAAUUUGUGGGUGCUAACAAGAGUGAACUGCAUUUGAAAAUAGCCAAGCAUGCUUGAAGGGUCAUGUAUCAUAUAUAUGAACAAAACUUUAUUUGAAUUAAUUCAGUUUGCAUUUUGCUAUUUUAAUGUCAGUUUGUCCGUUUUGAGUAUGGUCCGGAAUUUCUAAAUGUAGAUCAUGGUUUGAUAUUUGAAUAAAAUCUUUGUGUUGUGUGCUAGAACUUGAAUCACGUUAGUUCGAAUAAU